GAAAAUCAAAACUUUCGCCUUCUUAAAUUAUAUGCGGGAAGAGUGAAGAAUGGGAAUUUUUCCAAUUGUCAUCGUUUGCAUUGCUAUUGAAUGUUUGAUUGAAAGCUAGCGAUAGUGUAUUGAUGUUGCAUUCAAUCGCAAAUUAGAUAUACAUAAAUAUAUCAUUUCUUCGAUGCAUUCAUUUUAUUUCUGAGGAUUGUGAAAGAUACAAAUUUAUGGUGAAUUAGUAUAUUGCAACUAUGACUGAGGAUGAGCAACUUAAUACUGUGAAUCCAAUUAUUGAAACGCAGUAAAAUGAAAAGCAAAACAUUAUUGUGUCUAGAUAUUGUAAUGUGAUUCAGUGACAAUGUAAAAUCAACAUUUUAAAAAGUUAAUUGCGUAGAAGGUUUUCCUCUUGCACUUAUGAUUGUUAAUUUGACAAGAAAAUUAUUAUUUUAUGAUACGCCUUUCUUCGAAACAAUCAUUAUAUUGCCUCGCUGCACUUGCAUUUCCACCCACCACGAGGUAGAGCUUGAGCAAUUCAAAAGAAAAACAAUAUUUAUUAAUAAAAAUGAAAAAAAAGAAUGGGCCACUGUUUAAGUGUUAUAAGUGGGUUUCCUAAAUUUUGCAAAAGUUUAAACUCCACCCUGUGUAUGAAAGAAUACAAAAAUGUUUUAAAUGAACAAAUACAAACGAAAAUGUAUACUUAAGGUAACAAGAUAAAAUGACAUAAACGUGUGAUAAAAACUCUAAAAUUAUAUAUGUCUAAUUUAAAAAUAAAAUGAUACUGCUACUGUCAUAAGCUUUAAUUUUUGGAAAAUAAAUAAUUUAUUCAGCUUUUGGAAGCUGGCAACAUUGCGUUGGCCGAUGAAGAACACACGAUGUUUAACGAUUUAACGAAACGAGUGAACGGGCAACGGGCUGAAUAUUUUCCUUUUUUCUUGCUUUCCUUGGUGAGGAGUUAAAAAUAAAAUUUUCGCAAUGGAAUAUAUUGCAGAAGUGAAAACAAGAAUAUCAUAAUUAAAAGAAAAUUCUUUUUGAAAACAAAGAACUUUGCGAUUCUUUUGUUAGAUUUGAGUUUUCCACAAACACAAAACGGAAUACAUAAAAAAAUAAAGGAAUUUAAGUGAAGGUAAAGCAAGCGUAAUGAAUCGUUUUUGGUACAAAUUUUAAUCGUUUCUGUUCGAGUGUAAUACAAAAGAAAAGAAAUAAAAUAAGAAUAGAACUGUGCAAAUUUGCAAUAUAUCUAAGGGAAUUUCGUUGGUCUAAUUGGAAUGCAAUAAGAGGAAAGGUAUCUAAGAAAAAAAACAAGAUAAAGUGGAUUGAGUGGUUCAUUUGUUUAGGGAAAAAUAGUGAUUCGAUUGCUAUAUCCAAAGAAAAGAAUAGCUAAUGAAAUCAGAAUCAGGAAAUGCGUGGUGCAAAACGAUUUAUCUGUAUUAAAGAAAUUAUACAACUCUUAUACAAAAUGGCAAUUUGCAUUACAAAGUAAAAUUUAAAUUCAUUCUUUGCAAAAUAAUAUAAUUCUUCCGGUACCCUCAAACAAUUACCUUAGAUAUGUUAUAUAAUUCGUUGCUGUAUCUCAUCGCGAUGUCUAAUGAUGCAUUCCUUCCCCAAUUUUCUAUUCAUUACCAAAACUUGAACUAAUAUAUUAUAUGUGUUUCUCUAUACCUAGUUGCUGCAUUAUUACAACAAACGACAAUUACAAUAAAAAAAAUUAAGAUACUACUACUAUUUCUUCAAUAAACUAAUUGAAUUAUUGGCCACGGCCUACCAUUCGGCUGCAGCAACGUCCUGCUGAAAAGCAUAAAUAUUCAAACAGCGAAAGUAUAAAAUAAGUGAUUCUUUAUUGAUGAAAUUGUGAAGGGAUCUUCCUAACAACGUUACAAUUCAUUGUUCAACGCUAACCUCUAUUACAAACAUAUAGUACUUGGUGGCCUAUAGAUUUACUAAAAAAAAAGUUAUAAGUGCAAACGCUGUGACGUUCAAGAAAUAUAUUCUAUAUUGGGAUAUUCUGCUGAUAUAAAAAAAAAUUAAAUACGACAAUUCGCAUUUACGAAGAACGUUAAAGUGUGUGAAAAAAAAACGUAUUUGAUGCACAUAUUAGACUACUAUUCCUAUUCUACUUUGUAUCGGCGGUAGCUACAAUCAGAAGAACGGGUAAACACACAAACGGAUUAUAGCGAAUAGAAACGUGUUAAAAACACGCAGUGACAGCAUCGUAAAGCGUCUAAACAACGGGGCAGCGUAGACUUUGGUAUAAUUCGACUUGUGAAUAAUGAGUCGCCAUGAAGGAGUCAGUUGUGAUUCUUGUCUCAAAAGCAACUUUAAUGGUCGCCGCUACAAAUGCUUGAUAUGCUAUGAUUAUGAUUUAUGUGCUGAUUGCUAUGAGGAUGGCGUUACAUCUACGCGUCAUUUGGUCGAUCAUCCCAUGCAAUGUAUUCUAACGCGUUCCGAUAUUGAAUUGUUUUUCGGUGGCGAAAUGCUCAACUCAGAGCAACCACAAAGCUUCACAUGCCCCUAUUGCAAAAAAAUGGGUUUUAGCGAUGCUACGUUACUGGAACAUGUUUCGGCCGAGCAUACGGAGACCAGCCUCGAAGUGGUGUGUCCAGUAUGUGCCGGACUACCGGGAGGCGAACCGAAUCUAGUCACAGACGACUUUGCCGGUCAUCUAACAUUGGAGCAUCGAACGGGACCACGGGAAUUAAUUUCAUUUCUGGAUGAGCCAUCAGCAAUUCGACAUGGUGGUGGCGUACGUCGCAUUCCUGGUCGUACUCUUGGAGGUCCUCGUGCACGUCGUUCUAAUAUGCACUUUAGUUCAUCGAGCGGAUUAUCUGCCCUUUCCCCAUCUGGAAGAGAAUCAGUAGAUCCUAUUGCGGAAUUACUUUCACAGUUAUCGGGCGUGAGAAGAGGUGGACCACAGACGUCUCAACUGCAACAAUUGCAAAUGCAAAUACAAUUAGAACGACAACAAGUGACGGCAACUCGCCAACAGUUGGAACGGUUGCCCCGACGGGCUCAUCCGAUGGUCUCUUCAUCGAAUUCGAAUGCAACCAUGCCAGAGGUGAUAAGCAGCGGUCCGAUAUUAAGCGGCAGUGGUUCAGGGGGCAGUGGCGCAAGCGGUUCUGGUAGUCUCAAUGGUGGUGGCGGUAGUUCAUGUCGCACCAACGAAUGGACUGUUAAUCCAUCACUAGCAGCUCAGCAACAAUCGCAGUCAGGUCUGACAGGCAACGCCGGAAUCAACAACAGAGAAAGUGGCGGCGGAAGUGGUAGUUUAAAUGGGGGUAGCGGCAGUAAUGCUAGCAAUAUACUCGGCAUGUCAAUUGCUGGCGGUGCAGUGGGUGCGGGUGUUAAUGGCGCAAGUAAUGGGGCUGACGUUCAAUCACAGUUUCUGCUAACAAAAUUCAUGCAGCCAACAUUGAGUGAUACAGAAUGGGCUGAAAUGGAGAGAGAACGAUCUAAUCGAUCACAAUUUGUACAAGCGCUUGUAUUGUCGACUCUUUCCUAUGAUUCACUCGACACCAUUGCAAUUGGUGGUGGCGAAACAGAGCGCGAUAAUCGUGGCGAAUCGCAGGAAACCAAUAGUGAUAAUGUAAAUAAUGAGAAAGUCUCAGCUGCGAACACAAAAAUUGAUGCUAAUGCGAGGGAAUCGUUGAUGAACAACAACACCGAUGCCUCUGCACAAACCACAAAUACCAGUGGCAGUAGCAGCGUUAGCGCCGGAACUAUGCCUGGUAGCGGUCGCCAGCAGGUACAUCAGCAGCAACAGACCUCUCCGGAGGAUAUUGCCGACGAGUACAAACAACUGCAGCAGCAACAACAACAAGCACAGCAGCAAACCUACGCAUCAAAAAAGAAAUCAACGAGUAACAGCGGUGUGGGUGGCGGCGCUGGUGGUACUGGUGGUAAACAAACAGCUGACAGAGGCAUUGAAAGACGAGGCCGUCCACCACCUCCACCAGUUGGCGGUGGCGCAGCAGCUGCUGGAUCACAGCCCCAACAACAACAUUCUAGGUAGUGCUAUCGUCCUCAUCAGCCAUGACAUGAACAUAAACAGCAAAUACUAAUAAAACUGCAACAUAAACACAAACAAAAGAAACAUCAAUUAGGAAAACCGCAGCAAAAGUACAUCAACAAUCACAACAACAACAGCAAUCCCACAUUUAGCACAUGAACACUGGAGACGAACAGUGCCGUCGACAAAUGCAAAAACACAACGCUAUAAACACAAGUGGAGGCAGUUAAAACCAAAAUAAAAGUGCUUUGAGAGCGUAUGCAACGUGGCUAAAGGCUAAUGGAUGAUAUGAUGGACACAUUAUGAAGCAGCAGACGCAACAAGCAGAGCAAAACAUUAUAAAUAUGGUUUAUUUAAUAUAUUAUAAUUAUUCAAAUUUAUAUAAUUAUAAAAAGCAAAAACAAAAACAAAGAGAAGGCAACCCAACCAACCAACACACCUAUUGUAAUGAAAUGAACUAAUUAUAAUUUUAAAGAAAUUGAACAUUUAAAAUUAAAGGAAACACUAUUAAAAUAUAAAUAACCAAAUUAUAUGUAGCAUGGCCAAUUUGAAUAUACACUACACGUUUCAAUGAAUGUAUGGAGACAAAGUAUGUUUAUGUAAAAUGAACGCGCGCAAUUAUGUAGGUCAAACGAGGUGUGAGGUCUAAGGUGUAGAAAGAGUAGAGUUCAAAUUGGUUAUUGUGGUUCAAUUGUAUGCAAAAUGCUUCGAUUUUGAUAUAAUACAUUUUAGUGUGAAAUUUCGGAAGGUUUAUAGCGAGUAGACAAGUUCUCAAUUAUUCUAUAUUUAUGCAACCUGCGUUCAUGUACAUACGUUCUAUUGCAAUAUCAAUAUAAUUAUAUAUAUUUAUUUCAAUAGCAGUUAGAUAUUUGUUUUUUCGCACAGCUUAUUUAAGUAGACGUUUUGUCAUGCGCAAAAAAAGUUCGAACUUAAAUACGUGAAUUAUGCCUUCUUUCAUUCACCUUUGUUCUUACGACUUUUCAUGUGAUUUCUCAAUUAUAAAUUAUUAGCUAGUAGGGUUAAUUUUGUUUGUAGAUCCAUAUAAGUGUAAUUGAAAUAUUUUUUAUUGGCAGAAAUAUAUGGCAUGGUUUUAAAAAUCGUGCAAAUAUCUACUUAUAUUGAAUUUGGCGCGUUCGUAUAUAUACAUCAUCGACCGAUAUUUCAUGUUAUUCUGUUUUUGGAGCUGUUAAUUGGUAAUAAAUUUUGGUAAUUUGUCCAAAGUUGCCUGUAGGGAUCCACACACAAGCUUAAUGUUAUUAAAGCAUAAGAUAUAAAAUCUAUUUCUGCUUAAAGUCGUUUUCGGUUAUAUGCUUUUGUUAAUAACGUCUGAAAUGACUAUACGCAUUACUGUAUAAGAAACGGCAGGCGUAAAUAGGGAUGCUAAAAUGUGGAAAAGUUAACAAUUAUUGUUUUUGCUUUUUUUUUUAUUCGGCGAAAUUAAAAUUCAUUUAUGUAUGUAUGUAUACGUAACGAAUGCGUAAAAUCAACGGGUUUAUAUAAAUUGUAUUAUUUCAAAGAGCAAAAGAUAAAAUAUUCAAUGUCUAUAGAAAGUAGAUAUUAUAAGCAAAAUAUUGAAUUGCGGGGAGUGGUUAACGCAACUAAUACACAUCUAAUGUUUAAAUGAGUCCCUACGAAACUGGUAAUGAGUUCUCGAAUUUGUGAAUGAAACGUCGUUUCAAAUGCUGAAAAUGAUGAUAUGAUUGUAUUGUAAGAAGAUUUAAUAAAUUUAAAAGUAUUACAAGGUUA